AUGUCUAGUUCAUCGGAAUCUCGUUGUGUCGUUGUCAGAUCGGAUUCAUCAUCCAAAUCCGAUGGUAUGUUCCUGCAUAACGCGCUUCAGUGGAUGGAAGACACGACAUCUUCCAACGCGGUUCAAAACCGCCGAACCGUAGAGCGCCAACGCGAAAUUGGUCAUCAAAUUUUACUUAAUGAUUGGUUUGUUGAUGAGCCAAAAUACGAUGACGCUUACUUUCGAAAGAAAUUUCGAAUGGAAAAAAGCAUGUUUUUGAAAAUCGUCGACGACAUCGAGGCGAAUUUUCCAUAUUUUAGAGUCGGGUUUGAUGCACGUGGGCGAGGCAGUUUCAAACCGCUCCAAAAAGUCGCAUCGGCGGUACGCCAACUCACAACGGGCAAUCCGCCCGACAAGUAUGAUGAGUACUUACACAUGGCCGCGAGAACCGGCCGUGAUUCUCUUGAUCAAUUUUGUGACGCCAUCAUUAAGUUGUAUGGUCGUGAGUACUUACGUAGGCCUACCCAACACGAUGUUGCUCGUAUUUUCCAAGCUCACGAAGAGCGCCAUCACAUGCCGGGGAUGCUUGGUAGCAUCGAUUGUACACAUGUCGGUGGUUAA